AUGUCUUCUCCGGUGGGCAGUGUUCGCCAGCGGACCGUCAAAACGGACAAGAAACGUGCCACGACUCCUGGAGUGGAAGAGCAGGAUCUCAAUGGCGUUCUCGACGAGUUGAAGAAGGAGGCCAAGAAGACUGCAACCCGAGAAUGGGACUACAAGCUCGCCUUCUCCAUCAUCACCGUUCUCGCUUUCAUUACAAGAUUCUGGGGCAUCAGCCACCCCGAUCAGGUGGUCUUUGACGAGGUGCACUUCGGCAAGUUUGCCUCGUACUACCUCCAGCGCACCUACUUUUUCGAUGUCCACCCGCCCUUUGGCAAACUCCUCUUUGCCUUUGCCGGCUGGCUCGUGGGCUACGAUGGUGCCUUCCUCUUCGAAAAUAUCGGCGACCACUACAUUGCCAACCACGUCCCCUACCUCGCCUACCGCAGCAUGCCAGCCAUGAUGGGAGCCUUGACCGUUUCCGUCGUCUUCUGGAUCAUGUGGGAGUCCGGGUAUAGUCUGCCCGCGUGCGUGGUUGCCGCGUCGCUGGUGCUGCUCGACAAUGCGCACAUUGGCCAGACGAGGCUGAUCCUCCUCGAUGCCACGUUGGUGCUGUUCAUGGCCUUGAGCGUCCUGUGUUAUAUCCGCUUCUACAAGCUGCGGCAUGCGCCGUUCAGUCGCAAGUGGUGGAAGUGGCUGCUCUUGACCGGCAUCAGCAUGAGCUGUGUCAUCAGCACCAAAUACGUUGGCGCCUUCACCUUCUUCUCCAUCGGUGUGCCGGUCAUGAUUGAUCUCUGGGACUUGUUGGAUAUCCGGCGGAAGCAGGGCGCGCUCAGCUUGCCGGAUUUCGGAAAGCAUCUGGGGGCGCGUGUGCUCGGAUUGAUCAUCGUGCCUUUCUUGAUGUACCUCUUCUGGUUCCAGGUGCACUUUGCUAUCCUCAACCGAAGUGGACCUGGCGACGACUUCAUGACCCCCGACUUCCAAGCAACACUAUCGGACAACGUCAUGGCAAAGUCAGCGGUCAACAUCAACUACUUCGACAACAUUGCGAUGCGCCACAAGGACACGAAAGUCUACUUGCACUCUCAUCCCGAUCGCUACCCCCUACGGUAUGAAGAUGGCCGCAUCUCCUCGCAAGGCCAGCAAGUCACCGGAUACCCCCACAACGACACCAACAAUCUCUGGCAAAUCUAUCCAGGAGCGGCGGACAGCACAAAAGACUCCACCACGCAUGUCAGGAAUGGAGAGCUGGUCCGCCUUCGCCAUUUCGUCACCGAUACCUGGCUCCUCAGCCACGAUGUGGCAUCGCCAUACUACCCGACCAAUCAGGAAUUCACCACCGUGCCCGAAGAUGAGGCCUAUGGCAACCGCUGGAACGACACGGUGUUCGAAAUCCGCAUCGAUAACGGGAAACCCGGCCAAAUCUUCCAGACCAUGGCCUCGCACUUUAAGCUCAUCCACCACCCCUCCAAAGUUGCCAUGUGGACCCAUACCACUCCUCUGCCAGAAUGGGCAUUCAAGCAAGCCGAGAUCAACGGCAACAAAAACUCCCAGCAAUCCUCCAACAACUGGUUCGUGGAAGAAAUCCCCGGCAUCCCCGAGGACUCGCCUCGCCUCAUCAAGACGGAGAAGAAAGUCAAGACCAUGCCCUUCCUGUCCAAGUACUUGGAGCUGCAGCGCGCCAUGUUCCACCACAACAACGCCCUCACCUCCUCCCACCCUUACUCGAGCACCCCCAUUUCGUGGCCGUUCCUACUCCGCGGUGUCAGUUUCUGGACGGAGGACGAGACGCACCAGCAAAUUUACUUCCUGGGUAAUCCCGUGGGCUGGUGGCUGGCAAGCUCCAUCUUGGCCGUGUUCGCCGGUAUCAUAGGCGCGGACCAAUUGUCGCUCAGACGCGGCAUGGAUGCUUUGGACAAACGCACGCGCUCCCGCCUCUACGACUCCACCGGCUUCUUCUUCCUCCUCUGGGCCGCGCACUACAUCCCCUUCUUCAUCAUGGGCCGCCAGCUCUUCCUACACCACUACCUGCCCGCACAUCUCGCCUCCGCCCUCGUCGCCGGCGCGGUAGUCGAGUUCAUCUUCAACAUCGAGCCCUCGGAAGUCGCCAACCGCCAGCCCAUCCGCGACGGCUUGGGCGGCUCCAAGCGCCCGAUCCGCGAGCGCCUCGUUGGCCAGAGUUUGCGCGCGACGUGGUUUGCUGCGGCUGUGAUUGUGCUCGGCUUGGCGGCUGCUUUUGUCUUUUUCGCCCCGUUGACGUAUGGGCAGCCGGGGUUGAGUAUUGAGCAGGUGAAUGCGAGGAAGUGGUUGAAUUAUGAUUUGCAUUUUGCUAAGUAG